CCACUUAGCUCUUCCUCAAGCCACAUCAGUCAAGCUAAAGCUGUACACCACCCUUCGCUCCAGCUGAGCUCCUAUACUUCAAUCGCGGUCGUGUGAUGCGUAUUUAUGCAGAAACCUCGUCUUAUGCCAUUCUGCUCGUAGUCGCAGCGAUUGCGUCCGCAGUGUCGACCACUUCGGCAAGUGUGGAUCAUCCAUGAUGAUCAUGCCUACCACCGCACCUAAAUCUUGCUCUCCUGCCACUGGAACGCGCGCUGCACCGCCUAAUCCGUUGCCCUCACUCUCUGCUAGUAAUGCCGCACCUCGCCUUCUCCUCUUGGCGGCCCUCGCGCUCAGCGCCGCCGCUGACUGCUCCUUUUCCACCGUCUCCCGCCCGGCGCCACUGCCGCGGAGCCCACAUGCCGCGCGGCCGGCCAAGCAGCACCUGCUGUCUCCCUUCGCUUGGCCCGGCCGCGCCCAACGCUCGCUCUUGAGGCUCGACGCCGCCACCCCUGCGGCGACGGCGGCUCGCUCUGGGGCGGCGACUGGCGCCGCGAGGCCCGUCAUCAUGGACGAGUCGCAAUUCGGUAGCGGGCUGGGCCAACAGUGGUAUCAGAGCCUGGAAGGUCCAGGGUUCGAAUCCCAGUGUGCGCAGAGGAGGCGCCGGGUGCCCUGACGACCCCAGUGAGGGGGAGAUUGUUGGUGGGGCACUGGGAUCGUCCUAGUUGAGUGUGGGAGGGCUACAGGUCCGUCCUGGGGGGUAAUGGUGAGCGCGCUGGUGCAGCUGAACGAGGCGUGGGGCACGUGGGCGGGCAACAGCAACGCCGCCACUGCGUGCGCGGCAUGGGCUGGCGUCACAUGCAGCCCUAAAGGGCUGGUCCUUGCCCUGGAUGCUAAAGCCUUUGUGGCGGAUCCUCCUCCCAGCGGCGCCAUACCGGCUGACAUCACCAACCUCGCCUAUCUCCAGUACCUGGAUCUGUCCUACAUUGAUCUGGUGGGCUCCAUUCCAUCCCUCGCCAGUCUCACCAGCCUCACCCACCUAGCCAUUGGAAUGGACGGCUGCAGGCUGGCUGGCACUCUGGACGGACUGGGUUGGCUCUCCUCCCUCUCCAACCUGCAAACACUGCGUCUAGUUGGCUUGGCGGAUUUCACAGGGGACUUGUCCUCCCUGCACAUUCUUUCUCACCUGGAAAGCAUUCAACACCUGGCACUCAGUUCGCUCACCAAUGCCACGGGGGAAAUACCCAGGGAGAUACGGUACUUGACUGCCCUCACUGCACUGGACCUAUCGUACCUUCGUGCCGUGGACUUUCCCGAUUGGGUCACUCAGCUCCCCAACCUCCAGUCCCUUAACGUGAACGCCGACGAUGAAAGGCGGCAGGGCCUGCUGUCCGAUGACUUCUCACUGCUCACCGCGCUGACCAGCCUAUCUCUGGGUCACAACAAUCUAGACGGCUACCUGCCCAAGAGCUGGUCGUCUCUGGUCAACCUGCAAGAGCUAGAUCUAACAUACAACCGUCUCCAAGGCACCAUUCCAGCAACAUUCUCUACCCUAACAGCCCUCACUAAAUUAGUCCUUUCCGAGAAUUCCCUUUCCGGUUCGAUACCUCCGGCCUUCUCCACCAACAUCCAGAUUCUAUGGCUUGGCUACAAUUCCUUUAGUGGGCCCAUCCCGCCACACCUCGCACUGACCAACCUCGUUGAACUGCAACUGUCCAGCAAUCUGUUCACAGGAGGCAUUCCUAGCGCUUUCACCAAGCUCACUGCCAUGAGUACUCUGGACAUUUGCAAUAACAGCCUCAGCUCAGACUUGGAUGUGGUGGCUCAGAUGACGUGGCUCACAGACAUACAUGUGAGUGGCUCAGGUGACGUGGAUCACAGACAUAUGACGUGGCUCACCGACAUGUGAGUGGCUCUGGUGACAUGGCUCACAGACAUGUGAGUGGCUCAGGUGACGUGGAUCACAGACAUGUG